AUGGCGCGAGCGAAGGAAUUAGCAGAAAAACAAGCGUCGAAUAUCUCGGGACACAAUAACUCUCGGAACAAUGUUAAUCGUGUAAAGCGAUUAAAAAGGCUAAAGACAAGGUAAGACAUGUUAAAUAUGUACCAAAACCACACAAACAAAAUCAAUGCCGAAAUUGUGGAAAUGAAUUUAAACAAGGGCAUAAAGAUGUCUGUCCUGCGAAGGGCAAAACCUGUAGAGCUUGUGGAAAGCUCAAUCAUUUCGCUAGAGUUUGUCGAAGUCGAAAAAUCCCCCGAAAGAUAGUAAGAAAGAUUCGAGAGAGUCUGUUAGAGUUGCACAACAACAAACCCAAAAACAAAGCCCUCCUAAUUCGUCCGACGAUGGGUAUACUUUUGCUGUUUCAUCAUCAAAAAUAACUAACAUUCAAAUACAGAUCAAUGGGACCCCUAUCGCUGUGACUAUCGAUUCAGGAGCGACGACAAAUAUUCUUGAUAGUGAAGCAUUCGCUUGUAUUAGGAAAAGAAAUAAACACUGAUGUACAAUUAGAGCCAACACAAACAAAUACAUAUGCAUAUAAUGCCGUUAAGCCCUUGCCAUUGCUCGGAAAGUGUCGUUUAGCGGUUGAAUCGAAUGGAAAGCGUACAAUAUCGACGUUUUAUGUUGUCAACGGCAAAGCGGGAUCACUUCUCGGUAAUGAAACAGCCGCAGAGUUAGGCAUUUUAAAAAUAAAAGUUAACGAAGUCUCUAAAUUUCAUAGCAUGAAAACAACCGGAAGUCGAGGUAGGAAUGAAAUCAACACCGGAAGCCACUCAAACGGAAGUGACGCGAACAGUCAAAGUGACUCCGGAAAUCGAGAAAUAAGGGACAGAAAUAGCAUGAAAAACAUUGACAUUAAUACACAGAAAAUUUUAGAUAAAUUUCCAGAACUCUCUGACGGAAUAAGGUGGUUGCAAAAUUAUGAACAGUCAUUGCAUGUUGAUCGUACAGUUUCCCCUAUUGCACAACGCCCUCGGACAGUCCCUUUCCAUUUACGAAAGCAAGUUUCAGAUAAACUAGAAGAAUUACAAAGUCUCGAUAUUAUUGAACUUGCCGAAGGACCUACUUCAUGGGUAUCACCCAUAGUAGCUGCUUCCAAACCACACAAUUCAGAUGAAAUCAGAUUAUGCGGAGAUUACCGUAGACCAAAUCAGGCAUUGUUAAGGGAGAGACAUCCAAUCCCAACAGUUGAUGAGUUAAUGGAAGAAAUGUCUGGUGCUGUCGUGUUUUCUAAGCUAGACCUCAAAGCAGAAUACCAUUAGAUAGUCCUAGAAGAGAACUCGCGUAACAUUACCACUUUUUGCACACACAAGGGGUUGUUUCGGUAUAAACGCCUGCCAUUUGGUCUGUCAUGUGCUUCAGAAGUAUUCCAAAAUGCAAUACAGCAAGCGCUCCAAGGUCUACACGGGGUACGAAAUAUCGCAGACGAUAUUAUUGUAUGGGGUAAAACGCAAACCCAGCAUGACAAGAAUUUAGAAGCACUGUUACAGCGAUUAGUUGUCAAGAAACUUACAUUAAACCUGGAGAAAUGCAAGUUUAAUCAACCGUCACUUUGGUUCUAUGGCUACAUUCUGUCAAAGGACGGACUGUCAGCAAAUCCAAAGAAAGUCGAGGCAAUUAAAAAUUUCAAAACACCAGCAGAUGUCAGCCAACUACGCAGUUUCUUAGGUCUGGCCAAUUACUGUUCACGAUUUAUUAAGGACUUCUCCACUUUAGUUUCUCAUCCCUACAACACAAUGAUGGCCCUGUGGAACACCACGUUGUUCGAAAUAAGGAGGAAAAGGAGAAAAUUAAAGUCCAUGCUGAUAGAAGAAACAACGCGAAAGAAAGUCAGUUGAAAGUUGGUGAUUACGUGCUAAUGCAAGUCCCGAAGGACAAUAAGUUAUCAAUGCCUUUCAAUCCAAAACCAUUUAAAGUGAUUGAAAUCAAAGGCAACAUGGUAACAGCUCGUAAUACAGAGCGCACCGUAACCCGGAAUGUAUCGUGUUUCAAAUGUCUCACAAAUUACAAGAACGCAAGUGAGGAAGACCAGAAUGAUGAAGAAGACGAUUUUGACGACGGCAUAGUAGAAAACCAGCAACCAACAAUAGUUGAAGAGCAACAACAAGAUCAACCAGAUCUACAACGAAGGUAUUGUCUUAGACAAAAUCGAAGACCACCGGACUUUUAUAGAAGUUAG